CCUUUUCCCGUCGUCUGUCCCCCAACUCAUUCUCUCUUCGUCUCACCGAGCCGAUCAAAUACCGCCAAAAUGCCCAAGGAGGUCGCUGACAUCAAGAAGUUCAUCGAGAUCUGCCGUCGGAAGGACGCUUCCUCCGCGCGGAUCAAGAAGAACAAGAAGGCCCACAACAUCAAGUUCAAGGUCCGAUGCCAGAAGAACCUCUACACUCUGGUGCUCAAGGACAAUGACAAGGCCGAGAAGCUGAAGCAGAGCCUUCCUCCCAACCUGCAGAUCGCAGAGGUCCCCCGAAAGAACUAAGGGAAUUGCAUUGGUACAAAAAGGGAAUCGGAAAAUAGGGAGCAGGUCGUCUCGGUGCAAGACAGGAGAAAGACUGCCUAGUGCUGGUAGAUCUUUUUUUCCCCUCUGCCAAAGGGACAUGUCCUAUUGAGGCGAUGCCGGAAAGGGUCGAAUUAUAGAUAUAGUUUUCCAUGUUUGUCUUUUUCCAGCUUUGUUUGAUUGCCAUGACUGAGAGAUACAAAUAGUGGGAAAGCAAACAAAAAUCAAGAUACCUAGCAUCGCAGGCGGCGUUCUCUGCCCAACUCUGUGUGAAUCCUUCUCUCCCAAAACACACAUACCAAAAAAAGGGUAUUUUCUCACGCUGGUUGAACUUGCAGUCCUGGGUUGCUGCUGCUGCUGCUGCUGCUGCUGCUGCGUGUACUCGAGAAGCGGGCCGUGUUACACGACGUGUCUGAAGCGACGAUGGUCCUUCUUGACGGCCAGACUCGCCAAUCCUUCCAGUCGUUUCCUCGGAACGUCGCUCGCCCAGAACACAACGAGAUCCUCCUUGUCCUCCUCGCCGGGGGCCUUUUCGAUCCUCCAGCCCGCCCAUAUGCUCUUCUCCAGCCCCUCGGCGCGCAG